GUGGAAUUGUGCAGCGUGUGGCUUCUUCAGUUUUGGUUUCCGAGCGAAGUGCCGCCAAGCAGGUUGUCAAAGUCAUACCCUGAGCACCUCAAUGGUUUGCGGGGCCCCGAACUACAGGGGCUCUCCGGACUACAGGCGCCCCUCCACCGGACUGCGAGGACCCCCCCGGCCCUCAGACUACCAGGGCCCCCCAUGGACUACAAGGGCCCCCUGCGAAGGUAUUCAGAGUAAUCCAAAUGUUGGUGCUGCUUUUCCUCCUUGGGUAUCUCAGCCUGGUCAAGGAAAGUGGGCCAACGGUCCGGCUGAGUUCACGGGUGAGGCCGCCAAAGUUGUUGACAGGCCCAAGCACAAGCAUGCACCCACUGCCGAGCAGCAGGCACCGCGGUUGGAAAUGUCUGAUGCUCAGCUCACGGCCGCCAGCAUGGUGUUGGAUCAGUGGGCCAACGGUCUGCCUCAGUUCAAGGGCGAUGCCGCCAAAGCUGUCGACAGGCCCAAGCACAAGCAGGCACUCAUUGCCGAGCAGCAGGCGCCGCGGUUGCAAACGUCUGAUGCUCAGUUCACGGCCGCCAGUACAACCCCUCCCCCCCAACGUAGACUACCCACCUAACGUAGUCCAGACCUCUGUGACACCGAUGACAUCCUUCAUUGAUCAUGUCGUUUUCGCUUUGGUGCU